UCUCCUCUGCCAACUCGCAGUUCAAAGUCUGAAUCAGUGUAUUUUCUAAUUUUCCACUCAAAGGAGGAUAUGGCAACGGAGCUUUGGGCAGAAAGGGACAAAACGGGGUCUACUUCUGCUCUAGGAUAAUCUAGGAUAAAAUCCCUGUGGCUUGAAACAAUGCUGUAAACACCCAGAAAGCUGGAAAAAAAGGUAUUCUUUUUGGCUGAAAGUCUUUAUGGCUAAUGCAGGAAUUCUCUCAUUAGUUACUCAUUGCCUCAGCAAGUCCCAUAAAACAGCCAGCAGAGCCCAGCAAAUACUUCAGUGUUGUGGGAGCUCAGAAAUCCAGGAACUGAACGAGGCCUUGAACCCAUUUUAUGGACUCACUUCCCACUGAACAACCAUAAAAUAUUAAAAUUCUGACCCUAUAAAUAAGGAGGCAAAAGAACUGUGCAUUUCCCAGCAGAAGCAGCCCCUCCAGAGACUCUUCCCAAGAGCCAGCUCUGCUCUGAGAUGGUGCAGAGACGCAGCCUCACCGUCCCCUACGGAGCCGUCCUUGCUGUUUCCUUCUUGGCACAUGUGGCCACAGGUUUGGAGCUGUCUGUAAAUAACCAUGCUGCUGACUUCACGCUGUCCACACAGCUUGGCCCUGCCAUCUCCCUCUCGUGCCUGGUACACAACAGCAGCCAGGCUGAGGAGCUGCUGUGGUACCGUGGAGAUGGGCAGGUGGGGCUGAAAGAGGGGAACAAAGUGAACAUCAGCAACAUCUGCAUAUCCCCGGUCAACGAGUCCGACAACGGGGUCACCUUCACGUGCAAGCUGGCCCGGGACAAGUCUGUGCAGGUGUCUGUGAUCCUGGAUGUCCAGUUUCCUCCCCAGCUGAGCGGAGAGGAGACCCUCCACGUGGAAGAAGGCAAAGAUGCUACUCUGACCUGCAACUCCAAAUCCAACCCUCAAGCCCAAACCUCCUGGUAUAAGAACAACCACAACCUGACCCUGCAGCAAGGUCGCCACGAGCUGUACCAGACCAGUGAGGUCAUCCGGCUCUCCAUCAGGAAAGUGCAGAAGUCUGACAACGGGACCUACACCUGCAUGGUGCAAUCACCCCUGGGAAAUGGGAUGAGGGAUUUCCACCUCGUAGUUGAAGAUAAAAAACCUGUUUUUCCCACGGAGGCUGUUAUUGCUGCUGUUGUGGUGGUUACACUCACAAUACUUUUUGGAAUUGUGGCUCGAAAAGACAAAUUUUUUAAGUGCUUCAAGAAACCAAGAGAAACAUCUCUGUAA